GUGUAUUGGUAGUUAAAUAUACAAUGAAUGAUUCAAGAAUUAAUGUAAAAUCAUCAAUAUUGUUUGUUUCGUGUUUAUUUUAACAAGUUUUUUAGAUGGAUUUAGUGUAGUUUGUGGGAAAUGUUUACAUGAGAAGUCUAAAAGUCCAUUUUACUUUCGAAGCGUUAAUAGUUCAACAAUGAAGCCGAAAUCCUUGGAUCGUGCCAUCGCGCUGACCAGCAUCGUUGGGAUCCUGCUCUCGACUUACGCCUUGUACGUGGAGAUGGCAAUAGAGACACAUCCUGGAUACAAAGCAGCGUGUGACAUCGCGGAGUUCGCGAGCUGCUCACGAGUUCUUUCGUCUGACUUUUCCAAAGGGUUUGGUUUAUUAGCUGAAGAGUCCACGCUGAAGAUUCCGAACUGCAUUUAUGGAACGAUCUUCUACUGCCUCAUAAUAUUUUUAUCAACAUUCGACCAGGUGCUAGUCGCCCGCAUGCUGUUCUUCGUGGCAGUUUCUUCGCUCCCUAUGUGCGUGUACUUGGCGUACCUCCUAGCCUUUGUUCUCCAUGAUCUAUGCAUCGUCUGCGUGUCCACCUACGUCAUUAACGUCGCACUAACCAUCCUGACCUACAAGAAAAUGAAAGCAUUAGCUACAAAGAAGAAAUAAAUGAAACAAUCGAUGUUUUAACCGCUUUCGUGAUACGUAAACAAUGAAUAAAAGUAUAAAAUACCUCGAAACAUUCCUCUUACUUUGUACCUAAAUAUAUGAAUUUUAUUUCUAUGUUCGCGAACUGAUUCGAACUUUCCACAUUCAAAUACACAUACGUCAGUUAGAAAAGUAAAACACAACUUUGUAACAAAAUGCACUCAACCGCGCGUUGAAUAUCCGAUGUGCGGACUAAAGUGUUAAUUUUACAACUUUAGUUUGUGAUUUCACCCAGCCACGUCACGUUGCUACGAGCACAGGAAAAUAUUAAGUUUUGAUGAUUUUAACGCGUGUUUCCCAAACUUAUUUCUGAAAGCUUUAUGUAAUGUAAUAAACGUUGGGA